AUGUCAGACGAGAACAUCAGCGACAAGCAUGAGGCCUCUACAGUAGAGAUGCUUCGUCGCUAUCAAACCGCCGAUAGUGUUAUGCUUCCUAUACCACGCGAUGUUUUUGAAAAGUUAUACCUUAGCCCCAAGACACCAAAUGCAGGAAAGCUACGUUCUACAUUUGGCAAUCCUACACCAAUCUCAUUGAUGGGCUUCUUGUUGGCUGCCACACCGACCGCAAUGAUUACUAUGGGCUGGAGAGGAGCUGGCGGAAACGGUGCUGCCAUUUUACCGGUCUAUAUCUUCUUCGGUGCAAUGGUGCAAAUAUUCGGGGCGAUCGGCGAAUGGAUCCUUGGGAAUACAUUUUCCUGCGCGGUAUUCUUUACAUAUGGCACCUUCUGGCUAGUCCAGGGCACUUCACUCAUGCCAUUCUUCGCCGUUGGCACAAUGUAUUCACCUGAUGGCAACACGCUAGAAGGAAUUAAGACGGCUGAAUACAGCGCCACCGUCGGCCUCUACUACGUCACUCUCGCACUCCUCACCUUCGUAUACAUGAUUUGUUCUCUCCGCACAAACGUCUGCCUCUUCCUCGCGCUUCUUCUACUCGUGGUUACAUUUGGGUUGUUUGCUGGCACAUAUUUCCAGAUGGCGCUGGGAAACCUGGUACUGGCUGCCAAAUUACACAAGGCGGCUGGUGCCUUCAAUUUCGCACUUUGCAUUCCCAUCUGGCAUAUCUUCAUUGCGCAGAUCCUGGACGCGGUCGACUUCCCAAUCUCACUACCAGUGGGCGACCUAAGUACAGUCAUCCUUGGAAAGAAUCAGAAAGCCCGGAAGCGUGAGGUUGAGGGGUAG